UCCUGGAAACUCUGGGGAAGCAGAGGAGGGAUCAGGAGGAGGGAUGAGCCCGGUGGGAUUUCUGUGGAAGGAGUGAAGGACGCUGCGAGUUGUCCAGGGCGAUGGCUUUGCUGUGCUACAACAAGGGCUGCGGGCAGAGGUUUGACCCCGAGCACAACGCCGAGGAUUCCUGCCUGUAUCACCCAGGUGUCCCCAUCUUCCACGAUGCCCUGAAGGGCUGGUCUUGCUGCAAGAAACGCACAACAGACUUCUCUGAGUUCCUCUCCAUAAAGGGAUGCACAAAGGGGUUUCACAGCAAGGAGAAGCCCCCUGAGCCUUCCAGCCAAGGGGAGACCUCAGAUGAGCCGAAGGCCAAGCCAGCAAAGGAGCUCAUCUUUCAAGGACCAAAAUCAGCUGAGAAGAUGCUGCGGGAAAGACCAAGCUCUGAUGAGCCAAGACAGCCACUGCCCAUUAAGGUGUCCAGGUCUCUGGAGCAGGCACUGGAGAAACUGAAGCUGUCCUCCAAGGACAAGACCCUGGAGAGCAGUGGCACAGGGGAGGCUGCCCAGGUGACAGCUGGCACUAGGUGCAAGAACGCGGGCUGCAAGGCGAUCUACCAGGGUCCAGAGAGCAACACAGAGGUUUGUACGUUCCAUCCUGGCGUUCCUGUCUUCCAUGAGGGGAUGAAGUACUGGAGCUGCUGUGGAAUCAAAACAACGGACUUCAGUGCCUUCAUGGACCAGCCAGGCUGCAGCAGAGGCUGCCACUGCUGGACAGAGAAGGGGGACAAGAAGGCCGUGCUGUGCCGGCAGGACUGGCACCAAACCAGCAGCCAGGUGGUGGUGACAGUCUAUGCCAAGAACCCCCUGCCCGCCCUCAGCAGCGUGAAAGCCAAUCACACUGUGCUUGAGGCUCAUGUCAUCUUUGAAGGGAAUAAAGUUUUCCACGCAGAACUGGAGCUCUGGGGGACCAUCGAAAUAGAGAAGAGCUUCGUGAGCAUGGUCCCAACCAAGGUGGAGAUCACGCUUUGCAAAGCCAGCCCUGGCUCCUGGGCCAGGCUGGAGCUCCCCCAGAGCAGGUUGCAGCCCUGUGGUGAGCAGGAGAAGGAGGCUGCCAGCGCAGAGGAGCCCGGGGCAGUGCAGGAGGAGGACUCUGAUGACAGCUUGAGCUGGUCGGAGGAGGAAUAUGAGGAGCUGGAGAUGGGAACACCAAGCAGCUGACAGUCUAGUGCUUCAGCAGCUGAGCAGUGCUGGUUCCUGAGCUGCUGGGGACCUUGGCACGGCCUCCAGAGGAGCAGACCUAACCCUGAACCGUGUGCAGGCUGCAGCGUGCCCUCUCCCCCGGUCAGAAGGGACAAGUAAUAAACACCCAGAACAAAGGUUGUACUCUGAAA